CUUGUAUUGGGCCGUAAUUUUGAGUUUUUUGGGAUUUUCCCCCUUGAGAGUGCAGAUGGUAGCUUUUCGAACCCACCCACUUUUGCUCGUCUCGACCGCCCGCGGUACGCCGGUGCGACAACGCUGCAGGACCUGGCUAGUCCGUUGAACAUGGGGCCUUCUCUGGUCGUCCGGCAUAGAUGCGCCUCCUAGUGAGGCGAGUGCUCCUAGAACUUUCUACCCGCGAUCUUAUCUGGCACUUCGCUGGCCCCCUCCCACGGGCCUCUUGUUUUCUCCCGUCGCUGCUUCUUCUCCUCUCUGUCAUCAUAUACAGACACACUCUUUCUUAAGUCAUGGCCCAACAAGGGUCUGGGAAACCUUUUCGUCCCAUUGCCCCAAGGAGGAUACCAGAGCCUCCAACCCCGGCUGCUGCGCCCGAAGAGGGGAAAAUAAAGCGCGCUUCUACGGCUUGCGGGGAAUGUAAACGACGUCGAACGAAGUUCUUCUAUCUUCUCACUCUUUCUGCUCUGACUUGGCUGGCCGUAUCACAGUGUAGUGCAGAUACAACGGGGACGCCGUGCGCUGAAUGUGCUCUUCACGACCGGGAGUGCGUGAUCGAUGAAUUCGCCGACAAGCGACGUAAAGUCGCGGCCAAGCGUGCCCAGGAGGAUUUGAAAUAUUACCGUGGCUUUGUGGAACAACUCCUUGAGGCGCUAAGAUCUGGUGAUCGUUCCACCAUCGACGGCAUUCUCGACGUCAUCCGAUCGGGCGCAACUCAUGAUGAAAUCCGGGCCGUUCUUGCUCGCUCCGCACCGAAAGAUGAGAUAAAUAUUAUCGACGGGGUGGAUUCCGUGGCGACAGACGGCAACAACAGCACGCCGGCGAGCUCCAGGCCGGAUGGUUUACCCGAUGACGAGAAAUAA